GAAUAUAGUAAGGAGGAGAGUGUGUAAGGGGAAACCUAAAACAGAUUCUGAAAAAAAUACAUAAUGGAAGGGAUAUUUAUGGAAGGGAUAUAGAGUGGAUUUGCAUUUUGCGAAUCAAAUCAGUUUUUCUUUUUCUUUUUAUACUGAAUUAAUGAAAAUAAAUUUAUUUUUUCAGAAGUAAAUACUUCCUGACUUAAGUUUUAGAAUUAUUCUAAAUAAGAAGAGAAUGUAGAAGUUAACUGCGUUUAUUUGAGAUUCAUCUUUUAUCUUUCAAUGGAAGUCAAUCCUGAAAUACCACCUUUGAUUGUUUACUUUGGGAUCAGAAGAUGCAUCAGAUAAACGUGUUGAACAGCUUUGUUUUGGGUGGUGUAUCAUUUCAGGCUUGUGCUGCGUAAGCAAGAUAUGACGAUCAAUGAUGCAGACUGCUGGGUUCGAUGAAGCUGGGCAUUUAUAACUAGAUUCAUUAAGGAAUACAAAGAAAAUAUUUAAAGGGAUCAAUAAUGGUGUCUUCUGGUUGCAGAAUGCGAAGUCUGUGGUUUGUCAUUAUAAUCAGCUUCUUACCGAAUACAGAAGGUUUCAGCAGAGCAGCUUUACCAUUCGGGUUAGUUAGGCGAGAAUUAUCCUGUGAAGGUUAUUCUAUAGAUCUGCGAUGUCCAGGCAGCGAUGUGAUCAUGAUUGAGAGCGCUAACUAUGGUCGGACAGAUGACAAGAUUUGUGAUGCUGACCCAUUUCAGAUGGAGAAUACAGAUUGCUACCUCCCAGAUGCCUUCAAAAUUAUGACUCAAAGGUGCAACAAUAGAACACAGUGUAUAGUAGUUACUGGGUCAGAUGUAUUUCCUGAUCCAUGUCCUGGAACAUACAAAUAUCUUGAAGUCCAAUAUGAAUGUGUCCCUUACAUUUUUGUGUGCCCUGGGACCUUGAAAGCAAUUGUGGAUUCACCAUGUAUAUAUGAAGCUGAACAAAAAGCAGGUGCUUGGUGCAAGGACCCUCUUCAGGCUGCAGAUAAAAUUUAUUUCAUGCCCUGGACUCCCUAUCGUACCGAUACUUUAAUAGAAUAUGCUUCUUUAGAAGAUUUCCAAAACAGUCGCCAAACAACAACAUAUAAACUUCCAAAUCGAGUAGAUGGUACUGGAUUUGUAGUAUAUGAUGGUGCUGUCUUCUUUAACAAAGAGAGAACAAGGAAUAUUGUGAAAUUUGACUUGAGGACUAGAAUUAAGAGUGGAGGCAUAAUUAACUAUGCCAACUAUCAUGAUACCUCACCAUAUAGAUGGGGAGAGACUGAUAUCGACCUAGCAGUUGAUGAAAAUGGCUUAUGGGUCAUUUAUGCCACUGAACAGAACAAUGGAAUGAUAGUUAUUAGCCAACUAAAUCCAUAUACUCUUCGAUUUGAAGCAACGUGGGAGACUGUGUAUGACAAACGUGCUGCAUCAAAUGCUUUUAUGAUCUGCGGAGUCCUCUAUGUGGUCAGGUCAGUUUAUCAAGACAAUGAGAGUGAAACAGGCAAGAAUGCAAUUGAUUACAUUUACAAUACCCGAUUAAACCGAGGAGAGUAUGUAGAUGUUCCUUUCCCCAACCAAUACCAGUAUAUUGCUGCAGUGGAUUACAAUCCUAGAGAUAACCAACUCUACGUGUGGAACAAUAACUUCAUUUUACGAAAUUCUCUGGAGUUUGGUCCACCGGAUCCUGCCCAAGUGCCUACCACAGCUGUGACAAUAACUUCUUCAGCUGAGCUGUUCAAAACCACAGUACCAACCACAAGCACUGCUUCACAGAAAGGCCCCAUGAGCACAACCGUAGCCGGAUCACAGGAAGGAAGCAAGGGGACAAAACCACCUCCAGCAGUUUCUACAACCAAAAUUCCUCCUGUAACAAAUAUUUUUCCCCUGCCAGAGAGAUUCUGCGAGGCAUUAGACGCGAGGGGGAUAAAGUGGCCUCAGACUCAAAGGGGAAUGAUGGUUGAACGACCGUGUCCCAAGGGAACAAGAGGAACUGCCUCCUAUCUCUGCAUGGUUUCCACUGGAACAUGGAACCCUAAGGGCCCCGAUCUUAGCAACUGUACCUCACACUGGGUAAAUCAGCUGGCUCAGAAGAUCAGAAGUGGAGAAAACGCUGCUAGUCUUGCCAAUGAACUGGCGAAACAUACCAAAGGGCCAGUGUUUGCUGGAGAUGUGAGUUCUUCGGUGAGAUUGAUGGAGCAGUUGGUGGACAUUCUUGAUGCACAGCUGCAGGAACUGAAACCUAGUGAAAAGGAUUCCGCUGGACGGAGUUAUAACAAGCUCCAAAAACGAGAGAAGACAUGCAGGGCUUACCUUAAGGCAAUUGUCGACACAGUGGACAAUCUUCUGAGACCUGAAGCUUUGGAAUCCUGGAAACACAUGAAUUCUUCUGAACAAGCGCACACAGCAACGAUGUUGCUCGAUACAUUGGAAGAAGGCGCCUUUGUCCUGGCUGACAAUCUUGUAGAACCAACCAGGGUCUCAAUGCCCACAGAAAAUAUAGUUCUGGAAGUGGCAGUGCUCAGUACAGAAGGACAGGUCCAAGACUUUAAAUUUCCUCUGGGCAUCAAAGGAGCAGGCAGUUCAAUCCAACUUUCUGCAAAUACUGUCAAACAGAACAGCAGGAACGGGCUUGCGAAGUUGGUGUUCAUCAUUUACCGGAGUUUGGGACAGUUUCUAAGUACAGAGAACGCAACCAUAAAACUGGGGGCUGACUUUAUUGGUCGGAAUAGCACCAUUGCAGUGAAUUCCCACGUCAUUUCAGUUUCAAUUAAUAAAGAAUCCAGCAGAGUAUACUUGACAGAUCCUGUGCUUUUUACCCUGCCACACAUUGAUCCUGACAAUUAUUUCAAUGCAAACUGCUCCUUCUGGAACUACUCAGAAAGAACUAUGAUGGGAUAUUGGUCUACCCAGGGCUGCAAGCUGGUUGACACUAAUAAAACUCGUACGACGUGUGCAUGCAGCCACCUAACCAAUUUUGCAAUUCUCAUGGCCCACAGGGAAAUUGCAUACAAAGAUGGAGUUCACGAAUUACUCCUUACCGUCAUCACCUGGGUGGGAAUUGUCAUUUCCCUUGUUUGCCUGGCUAUAUGCAUCUUCACCUUCUGCUUUUUCCGUGGCCUACAGAGUGACCGCAAUACUAUUCACAAGAACCUUUGUAUCAACCUUUUCAUUGCGGAAUUUAUUUUCCUAAUAGGCAUUGACAAGACGAAGUACAUGAUUGCUUGUCCAAUAUUUGCAGGACUACUACACUUUUUCUUUUUGGCCGCUUUUGCUUGGAUGUGCCUAGAAGGUGUACAGCUCUACCUAAUGUUAGUUGAAGUUUUUGAAAGUGAAUAUUCAAGGAAGAAAUAUUAUUAUGUUGCUGGUUACUUGUUUCCUGCCACAGUGGUUGGGGUUUCAGCUGCUAUUGACUAUAAGAGCUAUGGAACAGAAAAAGCUUGCUGGCUUCAUGUUGAUAACUAUUUUAUAUGGAGUUUCAUUGGACCAGUUACCUUCAUUAUUCUGCUAAAUAUUAUCUUCCUGGUGAUCACAUUAUGCAAAAUGGUGAAGCACUCAAACACUUUGAAACCAGAUUCUAGCAGGUUGGAAAACAUUAAGUCUUGGGUGCUUGGCGCUUUUGCUCUUCUGUGUCUUCUUGGCCUAACCUGGUCAUUUGGGUUGCUUUUUAUUAAUGAGGAGACUAUUGUGAUGGCAUAUCUCUUCACCAUCUUUAAUGCUUUCCAGGGAGUGUUCAUUUUCAUCUUUCACUGUGCUCUCCAAAAGAAAGUACGCAAAGAAUACGGCAAGUGCUUCAGACACUCCUAUUGCUGCGGCGGCCUCCCAACUGAGAGCCCCCACAGUUCAGUGAAGGCAUACACCAGAACCAGCGCUCGCUACUCCUCUGGCACACAGAGUCGUAUAAGAAGGAUGUGGAAUGACACUGUGAGAAAACAGUCUGAAUCUUCUUUUAUCUCAGGUGACAUCAAUAGCACGUCAACACUUAAUCAAGGACAUUCACUGAACAAUGCCAGGGAUACAAGUGCCAUGGAUACUCUACCGCUAAAUGGUAAUUUUAACAACAGCUACUCACUGCGCAAGGGGGACUAUAACGACAGCGUGCAAGUCGUGGACUGUGGACUAAGUCUGAAUGAUACUGCUUUUGAGAAGAUGAUCAUUUCAGAAUUAGUGCACAACAACCUUCGGGGCGGCGGCAAGACUCACAACCUCGAGCUCGCGCUACCAGUCAAGCCCGUGAUUGGAGGCAGCAGCAGCGAAGAUGACGCCAUCGUGGCCGACGCUUCGUCUUUCAUGCACAGCGACAACCCGGGGCUGGAGCUCCAUCACAAAGAGCUCGAGGCGCCGCUCAUUCCUCAGCGGACUCACUCCCUUCUGUACCAGCCCCAGAAGAAGGUGAAGCCCCAGGGGACUGACAGCUACGUCUCCCAGCUGACGGCCGAGGCGGAGGACCACCUGCAGUCCCCCAACAGAGACUCUCUCUACACAAGCAUGCCCAAUCUUAGAGACUCUCCCUAUCAAGAGAGCAGCCCCGACGUGGAAGAAGACCUCUCUCCCUCCAGGAGGAGUGAGAACGAGGACAUUUACUACAAAAGCAUGCCAAAUCUUGGAGCUGGCCAUCAGCUUCAGAUGUGUUAUCAGAUCAGCAGGGGCAACAGCGAUGGUUACAUCAUCCCCAUUAACAAGGAAGGGUGUAUCCCUGAAGGAGACGUGAGAGAAGGACAAAUGCAGCUGGUGACAAGUCUUUAACAGUGCAGCUGCGGAAUCCCAGGGGCCACGCGCAAGUAUUCGUGAAGACUCCGCUGGCCCAGCGCAGCUCCCUCGGCCUCCGCCUGAAGAGAUGGCCCUGUUGACCUGUGGUUCUCCAGUGUAAAAAGAGGACUGAACCUUGAAGUUCUGUGAAUUUUAUAAAACGUACAAAACUUUGUAUAUACACAGAGUAUACUAAAAUGAUUAUUUGUUACAAAGAAAAGAGAUGCCAACCAGGUAUUUUAAGAUUCUGCUGCUGUUUAGAGAAAUUGUGAAGCAAGCAAAGCAAAACUUUCCAGCCAUUUUACUGCAGCAGUCUGUGAACUAAAUUUGUAAAUACAGCUGCACCAUUUUGUAGGGCCUGCAUUGUAUUAUAUACAAGACGUAGGCUUUAAAAUCCUGUGGGACAAAUUUACUGUACCUUACUGUUCUGACAAGACUUGGAAAAGCAGGAGAGAGAUUCUGCGUCCGUUUGCGGUUCACUGCAAAUCUUUUACAUUAAGGCAAAGAUUGAAAACAUGUUUAACACUAGCAAUCAAGCCACAGGCCUUAUUUCAUAUGCUUUCCUCAACUGUACAAUGAACUAUUCUCAUGAAAAAUGGCUAAAGAAAUUAUAUUUUGUUCUAUUGCUAGGGUAAAAUAAAUACAUUUGUGUCCAACUGAAAUAUAAUUGUCAUUAAAUAAUUUUAAAGAGUUUGAAGAAAAUAUUGUGGAAAGCUCUUGGUUGCACAUAUGUUAUGAAAUGUUUUUUCUUACACUUUGUCAUGGUAAGUUCUACCCAUUUUCACUUAUUUUCCACUGUACACAGUGUUCUGCUUUGACAAGUUCGUCUUUAUUCUUACAUUUAAAUUUCUUAUUGCCAAAAGAGCGUGUUCUGUGGGGGGAAAAAACUCUUUGAAGCCAGUUACGCCAUGCCUUGCACAAAUGUGGUGAAAUCUAGAAAAGAGUGUGUGUUCCCCCUCUGUUUAUUCUUGAACAGAGGGCAAUGAGGGCACUGGGCACUUCUCACAAACUUCCUAGUGAACAAAAGGUGCCUAUUCUUUUUUAAAAAAGAAAAUAAAACCUAAAUAUUACUCUUCCAUAUUCCUUCUGCCUAUAUUUAGUAAUUAAUUUAUUUUAUGAUAAAGUUCUAAUGAAAUGUAAAUUGUUUCAGCAAAAUUCUGCUUUUCUUUUCAUCCCUUUGUGUAAACCUGUUAAUAAUGAGCCCAUCACUAAUAUCCAGUGUAAAGUUUAACACGGUUUGACAGUAAAUAAAUGUGAAUUUUUUUCAAGUA